AACUUUCACAACUCUUAUACAGGGCAGCAUAUACAGGAUUUGCAUAUAGGUGCGUCAAUUCACUAUUCAAUAGAUCACACGUCAAGGCAGGAUAUAACAGGCAUUUGUGACAACUAAAAUAAACUAAGGCUAUAGCACCAGAUUACAUCAUCAGGAAUGGGAGGUCCAGAGCAGUGCCUGGUCAGUAUCUGAAAGUUUUCUAGUCAGUUGACCAAAAGCCUUUUUGGAGAUGAAUCCUGGACGCACAACUGAUCAGCCAACAGGUAUUGGGCUAUACGUUCCCAACCCCGUGCUUUAAUAGCCUGAUGUGAGGAUCCUGUUUAAACUACGUAUUGGGACAGCUCGCCCAGCUAUCUGCUGGUAGGCUACUUAACAUUUUAAAAGUAGGGCUAGAGCUGUGGGAGAUCUUUGUGGUGAUAGAUGUGUGUCUUAAGUGUUCUGCAUUGUAAAGUUGGACAACAAGGGGUAGAAAUAAAGUUGUUUUUAAACCUAAAAUGUUUCGUGUAGGAGCAUAUAGGCUUACUUUGGAUGAGGAUCGUGUGAUUGCGUCGCAAGCGGUCCAGUUCGUCCUAAAAGGUGCCAGAAAAGGAGUUGUACAUCUUUGUUCCAGUGUUGCGGAACUGCUACGCGAAAAUCUACGCUUGCAGCAGACAGUGGAGGCCCAGCGUGUGUAUUUGGCAGAGUUACGUGUGUUAUUGGGAAACAGCAGCACCAAGACCGACAGCAUUCCUGGAUCCGAUGCCUUGUCUUUUUCCUCCCUCACAUCUUUUUACCAGGAGGUGGGAUCUCCUUCACCCCCCUCACCCCCCACUGUCAGCAGGAGGCCCUGUAGGGACACCCCCCACCCCAGGGUGGCACCAGAGAGUAUCAAGGCAGGGCGCCUUGCCUUGCCAUGCCUCAAGGAGCCAACUCAAUCUCUUGGACACAAACAUAAAUGCAAAAAGAAGCACCUCAACAAGAUUCACCCAACAGUGGAUGACCAGCCAGGGGAGGACUACAACCACUCUCCCUUCCAGUUGCAACCUGACCAGGAACUGAACCGCCGUCUCCAAUCCCAACCCAACUCCAGACACUACUCAGAGUGCAACCAAAACCAUGGCCCCUAUCCUAGGUCCAAAUGCGACCCUUGUCAACCCCAUGACCCUAAACAGGGCUCCGACCUCGAUCCUAUACAUAAUGCCAACCCUAAAGACCUUGAACAGUGCUGGAACCAAACCAUUGAGCCAUGGAGGACAAAAAGGAGCACUGUUAUCAGACACCAAAAAGAGCACUGACAUGGCACACUACUGCUGCUGCUAGGGUGUGCCUUUAUACCACAGUGAUGAAAUAUACGCUUUUCUGAUUGGCUGGCAGGUGGCUGAUGUUUUUGUUUAUAUGGACAGCAAACAAAACAGAUAAAGAAAUGUCAAAACGUUAAAAAAAAACGUUCUGGGAGUGAUUAUGGGACAGUGAAUGUUGAAAAGUAUGUGAUAGGUGAAAAUUCACCCUAGUUACCUCAGGACU